UUUAGGUAAUCGCUGGGCUCAUGUAGCCGCAUGCCCCGGUGUGGCUCGGCCGCGUCCCUCCUCUCUGCGGAGAAAGCUGCGGAGACGUCAGUUGAUCGGCCAGCGGGCCUUUGUACCGUAUCUGUUUUCCCCCGUAUCUGCCGCUGCGGAGGACGCGCUGCUCGCUCGACAGCAUUUUUUUUGACUGAACAUUUAGGAUCCUCCUGAGCCCUGAGGUCAGAGGUCAAAGAGCCAUGGGGACCAGGAGGGUGCUGGUGACCGGGUGCUCCUCGGGCAUCGGCUUGGCUGUUGCUGCACGGCUGGCUAAAGAUGAGUUUAGACGGUUUAAAGUGGUUGCCACAAUGAGGGAUCUUGGGAAGCGGGGGCCCUUGGAAAAAGCGGCAGGUGAUUCCUUAAACAGUACCCUGGAAAUCAAACAGUUAGAUGCCUGUUGUGAAGCCUCCAUCAGAGAGUGUGUCAACAGCCUGCCGGAUAGAAGGGUGGACAUUCUUGUGAAUAACGCAGGGGUUGGCAUGAUUGGGCCGCUCGAAUGCCAGAGUAUUGCUGCCAUGAGGGAGCUCUUUGACACAAACUUCUUUGGACUGGCACGGCUGGUGAAAGAGGUGCUGCCUGACAUGAAGCGACGGCAGAGCGGCCAUAUUGUGGUGAUGAGCAGCGUGAUGGGAAUUCAGGGGCUUCUGUUCAAUGAUGUCUACUCUGCCUCCAAAUUUGCCGUGGAAGGAUUUUGUGAAAGUCUGGCAGUACAAGCAAUGAAGUUUAACAUCAAGAUGACUCUAGUGGAACCUGGCCCUGUGGUGACAGAGUUUGAAAGGAAAGCGUACGAAGACGCUGAGAAGAUGGAUCUAUCAGGGACAGACGAGGAGACUGCCAGAAUCUUCCGUGACGUUUACCUGCCAUACUCAAAAAAGGUCUUUGCCUCGUUAGGCCAGACACCAGAGGAAGUGGCUGAGCAAACAGUUAACGUGAUCACAGCCAGGGAGCCGCCUCUGCGCCACCAGACCAACCGCCUGUACAUGCCCAUGACUGCACUGAAGCAUGCAGAUCCGACCGGUCAGCUGCCUCUGGACACCUUUUACAAGUUGAUCUUUAAACAUGACAGAGUAUUAAAUGCUACUCUUGGGGUGCUGCGCAUGUUGCAGAGGAGGGUAGGGAAGAAAUAAAGAUGUGACUGUCGAGUCGCACAGACUAUAAAUGUUAUUCCUAAGGACACAGUGAUUGACUGGCGUAUACACAGCUUGUUGUCACUGUCACUGUUAAUUAUAAUGUCCUGACGUAAGGUGACAGAAGUUUCCUUCUGAGGAGCAAUGAACAUGAAUCGGGGCCGUCGGACGUUGGCUGCCCGUGAUCUGUGUGAAACAGUAGCUACAAAAAUAUUAAUUCUUCAUGUUCUUUACUGUAUGCAUGCACCUAGCCUCUUAGGAGUUUCUUUCUUGUUGUGCAAUAUUGUAAACAAUUUAAACUUUCUACAGAUUUUUACAGUAAAUACUGUAUAGUAACAGAAAUUUGAAAUAUAAGCACUUAACUUUUCUUUUUUCCUAAGCUAAGAAGAUUAUAUGUUUGACGGUUAAUUUUAAGGAAAAUAAGAGCACAGCAAUUUAACCAAUACAAAAUUGAUAUGUCUCAUUUUGCUGUAACGAUUUUGACAAAGAAGAUUAUUGUAGUCUGAUGUUUUUACAAAACAAUUUAAGUAAGGAAUAAUAGUAUCAUACUGCAUAUGAUCUAUCCAUUCGGCAGACAGACUGGCAAACACACAAAGAAAUAAAUAAGUAAUGCAUUAUGAAACAAAAUAAAUGAGCCAUAU